AAUCGAGGGGAAGAGAGGAAGAGACAGGAGGCGUCUAGAGAAGCUCGCUCAAACUUUUGCACGAACACCUAAAAGUUCAAUGGUCCAAAAGGACGGCUCUGGUCGAGAGAGAAUAGAAGAGAGAGAAUAGAAGAGAGAGGACCGUUUCCAGAGACCCGUUAUCACCGAUAUAUCAAAUCACUCUCUCUCUCUCUCUCUUAUCGUACGCCUCAUCAGAGUCUCUUUCCUUUAACGUAUGAUGGUAGCAAACAAAUGAUACCCCCAUGUCUUGUGUGUCUGCUUCGUGCAACAUGUUGGUUUGGAUUUGGUUAAUCUUAAGUUUUUAAAGAUAAGGUUUUCGGAUUCUCUUCCUGUCUUGUAAUAGUUUCUUGUCGGAGAGCCAUCAAAAAAGAAAAAAAACAACUUUUUAAAGCUAAUUUUUACUGGAGAAGAAAAAAAAAUAAUCAAUGGCGAAUCCUUGGUGGGUUGGGAAUGUUGCGAUCGGUGGAGUUGAGAGUCCAGUGACUUCAUCAGCUCCUUCUUUACACCACAGAAACAGUAACAACAACCCACCGACUAUGACCCGCUCGGAUCCAAGAUUGGACCAUGACUUCACCACCAACAACAGUGGAAGCCCUAAUAAUACUCAGACUCACAGCCAAGAAGAGCAGAACAGCCGAGACGAGCAACCCGCCGUUGAUCCUGGAUCUGGAUCCGGCUCUACUGGUCGGCGUCCUAGAGGUAGACCUCCUGGUUCCAAGAACAAACCCAAGAGCCCAGUUGUUGUCACCAAAGAGAGCCCUAACUCUCUGCAGAGCCAUGUUCUUGAGAUCGCUACGGGAGCUGACGUGGCGGAAAGCUUGAACGCCUUUGCUCGCAGACGCGGCCGUGGGGUCUCGGUGCUGAGCGGUAGCGGUUUGGUUACUAAUGUUACUCUGCGUCAGCCUGCUGCGUCUGGUGGAGUUGUGAGCUUACGUGGUCAGUUUGAGAUCUUGUCUAUGUGUGGUGCUUUUCUUCCAACUUCUGGUUCUCCUGCUGCAGCCGCUGGUCUAACCAUUUACUUAGCUGGAGCUCAAGGUCAAGUCGUGGGAGGAGGUGUCGCUGGUCCGCUUAUCGCCUCUGGACCGGUUAUUGUGAUAGCUGCUACGUUUUGCAAUGCUACUUACGAGAGGUUACCGAUUGAAGAUGAACAACAGCAACAACAACAACAAGAGCAGCAACCACAACUAGAAGAUGUGAAGAAGCAGAAGGACAAGGAGACCGAUGAUAACGAGAGUGGGAAUAAUGGGAACGAAGGACCGAUGCAGCCGCCAAUGUAUAAUAUGCCUCCUAACUUUAUGCCGAAUGGUCAUCAAAUGGGUCAGCACGACGUGUUUUGGGGUGCUCCUCCGUCUCGUGCUCCUCCUUCAUAUUGAUAGUUUAGAUAGGCGGUGGUUGGGGUGGCAGGUUUUUUUUUUCUUUUGGUGGAAGGAUUAUAUUUUCAGUUAGGAUGGUUAGGCUUUUGUUUAUUAAGGCUAUCAAGUUUCUUUUUUAUUAACGGGUGAUCGGAUGACUUUUAGCUAGUGUUUUGUUUGGUUGUUAUGUGACGGCUGGUUUUUCCUGACUUGACUAUUUUGAUCGCGGAUAGCUUUGUAUGAAGGUGGCAUUGGUUGUAGAAUCGUUUUGGAAUUUUGAUGUUGGAAAAACCAAAGCAAUGGUGUGUGUGUGUGUGUGUGUUUCAGCAAUGGAAGCAAGUAUCCGUCAUUUCUUUCUUUUAA